UGCCCGCGAGCGGGAGCCGGAGUCGCCGCCGCCCGAGCGCAGCAGAGCGCACGCCGAGCCCGUCGCCGCCAUGGCCACCACGGUGACUUGCACCCGCUUCACCGACGAGUACCAGCUCUACGAGGAUAUUGGCAAGGGGGCUUUCUCUGUGGUCCGACGCUGUGUCAAGCUCUGCACCGGCCACGAGUAUGCAGCCAAGAUCAUCAACACCAAGAAGCUCUCGGCCCGAGACCACCAGAAGCUGGAGAGGGAGGCUCGAAUCUGCCGUCUUCUGAAGCAUUCCAACAUCGUGCGUCUCCAUGACAGCAUCUCGGAGGAAGGCUUCCACUACCUGGUCUUCGACCUGGUCACUGGCGGGGAGCUCUUUGAAGACAUCGUGGCGAGAGAGUACUACAGCGAGGCGGACGCCAGUCACUGCAUCCAGCAGAUCCUGGAGGCGGUUCUCCAUUGCCACCAAAUGGGGGUCGUCCACAGGGACCUCAAGCCCGAGAACCUGCUCCUGGCCAGCAAGUGCAAAGGGGCCGCAGUGAAGCUGGCGGACUUUGGCCUGGCUAUCGAGGUACAGGGGGACCAGCAGGCAUGGUUUGGGUUCGCUGGCACGCCAGGCUACCUAUCCCCGGAAGUCCUGCGCAAGGAGGCGUACGGCAAGCCGGUGGACAUCUGGGCGUGCGGGGUGAUCCUCUACAUCCUGCUCGUGGGCUACCCGCCCUUCUGGGACGAGGACCAGCACAAGCUGUACCAGCAGAUCAAGGCCGGAGCCUAUGACUUCCCGUCCCCCGAGUGGGACACGGUCACUCCUGAAGCCAAAAACCUCAUCAACCAGAUGUUGACCAUUAACCCUGCCAAGCGCAUCACAGCGCACGAGGCGCUGAAGCACCCGUGGGUCUGCCAACGCUCCACCGUGGCCUCCAUGAUGCACAGGCAGGAGACGGUGGAGUGCCUGAAGAAGUUCAAUGCCCGGAGGAAGCUCAAGGGCGCCAUCCUCACCACCAUGCUGGCCACACGGAAUUUCUCAGUGGGCAGACAGACCACCGCUCCGGCCACAAUGUCCACCGCGGCCUCCGGCACCACCAUGGGGCUGGUGGAACAAGCCAAGAGUUUACUCAACAAGAAAGCAGACGGAGUCAAGCCCCAGACGAAUAGCACCAAAAACAGUGCAGCUGCCACCAGCCCCAAGGGGACACUUCCUCCAGCUGCCCUGGAGCCUCAAACCACCGUCAUUCAUAACCCAGUGGACGGGAUCAAGGAGUCAUCUGACAGCACCCACACCACCAUAGAGGAUGAAGACACAAAAGCCCCCAGGGUCCCCGACAUCCUGAGCUCCGUGAGGAGGGGCUCGGGGACCCCAGACGUCGAGGGCCCCCCGCCCUGCCUGUCUCCGGCUCCCAUUAGCCCCCUGCCCACCCCAUCCCCCCGGAUCUCUGACCUCCUGAGCUCCGUGAGGAGGGGCUCGGGGACCCCGGAAGCCGAGGGCCCCCUGCCCACCCCAUCCCCCAGGAUCUCUAACAUCUUGAACACGGUGAGGAGGGGUUCGGGGACCCCAGAAGCCCAGGGCCCCCCACCCUGCCCGUCUCCGGCUCUCCCAGGCCCCCCACCCACCCCGACGAGGAAGCAGGAGAUUAUUAAGAUCACCGAGCAGCUCAUCGAGGCCGUCAACAACGGGGACUUCGAGGCCUACGCGAAAAUCUGCGACCCAGGCCUGACCUCCUUUGAGCCCGAAGCCCUGGGCAAUCUGGUUGAAGGAAUGGACUUCCACAGAUUCUACUUUGAGAAUUUGCUCGCCAAGAACAGCAAGCCGAUCCACACAACCAUCCUGAACCCGCACGUGCACGUCAUCGGCGAGGACGCCGCCUGCAUCGCCUACAUCCGCCUGACGCAGUACAUCGACGGGCAGGGCCGGCCCCGCACCAGCCAGUCCGAGGAGACCCGCGUGUGGCACCGCCGAGAUGGCAAGUGGCAGAACGUGCACUUCCACUGCUCGGGGGCACCCGUGGCCCCGCUGCAGUGAAGAGCUGCGGCCGGUUUCGCGGGACAGACUCGGUGUUCGGAGCCCAGCUGCCCUCGGGCGCGGCCUGCCUGUCGCAUGUUUGUGUCUGCCUCGUUCCUCCCCUGGCGCCUGUGUCUGCAGAAAACCAAGACCAGAUGAUUUCUUUUUAAAAACCAGAUGACGACGACAACCACACACACACACACACACACACACACACACACACACACCUGAUGUUGGAUGAAAUGGG